UUAUUCUUUCCAUCUCCAACCAACCCCCUGGACCCUUCCACUGCUGUAAGCCUUCCUUCACAAAUGUCCGCCACCGGCUUCACCUUCCCGCCGACUUCCGGCUUUGCUGCGACCCCCGGCAAGGCCGGCGGUUGCGAUGCCCAGUCGGCGACCGCCGACGUCCCCGCCAGCACGACUGCGUCGACGGCCGCGCCCGCGUCCGAUGCGGACGCCAGCCAGCAGCACACCUCCGCCUCCCUGCUCGAGUCGAUGCGAAUGAAUGGGCUACUGCAUGGUGGUGCUGCGGGGGCACUGUCUUCCGUUGGCGAGGGAGGCCCUGGAGAGGCCAAGGUGAGUGUGUCUUGUCCCUCUCGAACCCUCUCAGAUCAAACUAGCCAACAGGGUCGGGCCUUGAGCCACGAAGCCAACGUGCAGACACCUAGUCAUUCAAGUGGGGCGGCGCACACCACGCCGUCGAACCUGUGCGGCAUUCGCUACAUUCGACGGGGCUGUCAGUGCACGCCAGGCCUACGCGCGAGCGAUGUUAUUGGAAGUGGCUACCGAUUUACUUCGAAGUUGUCAGAAAACGACGAAGCACACACAGAGAGCACCGCGGACGACGGUGCCGUCCAGCCGUCGAGCGUGGACGACAUGCUGCACCACCAGCAGCAGCAACAGCAGCCAGUCGCUGGCGCUGCCGCGGCGCAGGCUGCCUCGCUGAGAGCACCGGCCACCAGCGAGGCCUCGGCAGCGGCGGCCGCGAGCAUCGCCGCCUUGGCCUCCACGGCCCCAAAACGCCUCCACGUCUCCAACAUACCCUUCCGCUUCCGCGAAGCUGACCUCCGACAGUUGCUCGGACCCUUUGGAACUAUCCUGGAUGUGGAAAUCAUUUUCAACGAACGAGGAUCGAAGGGUUUCGGGUUUGUCACGUUUGCGACCCCCGAAGAGGCGGACAAGGCGCGUGAAAAUCUGAACGGCACGGUGGUUGAAGGCAGAAAAAUUGAGAUAAACAACGCAACGGCGCGUGUGAUGACAAAGAAGAAAUCAGAGGCUCCGACAUUAAUGAAAACCGCUACCACAUUGAGGGGCAUCCGAAACGCCCUCCCACCAACUGUGUCGAACGCUGCCGCGCUAGCCGCAGCUCUUCGAGGUUGCUCAACGUUGGCCGGUCUGGGCACAACUGGAUUGGUCGCUGCUGCAGCCAAUCCGGCGGCAGCUGUCUCACCAGCGGCUAACCAGGCAUUGCUUGCAGCCGCGGCUGCUUACAAUCCAACCGCGGCACUCUACCUGGCCUCUGCAGCCGCGGCCGAUCCAACCACCGCCCUGCUGACGAAUUACGUUGCCGCGCUGAAUGGGGCGGCCGCCGCGGGCACACUCUCGAUACCCAUGCAGUCACCCGCCGCACAGCCAGCAGCACAGCUACUGGCCGCUAAUCUUCCAUGGUACGGUGCCUCGCCUGAAUUAGAGUUGCAGCAUCGUCUUCACCAACAUCAAGCUCAGGUCCAGCAACAAGCCCAAGCACAGGUCGCCCAGCAGUCGGCAGCUGCUUUGGCCGCGGCGAAUCUCGCGGCCGCCGGUUUGGCCGCCAGCGGAGGUGCUGGGGGUGGAUCGCAGGCGGGUGUCGCUGCCUCCGCCGCCAACCCCUUCGCAGCGGCUAUGCUGCGCGCCUUCGGCGGCACCACGCCUGUCUCCCAGACAGCUCCGCCUGCCGUUGUCAGUGUUACUGCAGCCUCGGUUUCACCGGCAACUAGUACGGCGUCGAGUUCGUCGGCGGCAGCAGCAGCAGCAAACGGAGGCGCCAGCAAUCAGGCUGCCAUGGCGGCUUUAGCUGCAGCAACAAAUUCAGCCAACCUUUGUCUAAAAAGCGCCAUUCCACGUCUCCAUAGUUACCUGUCGGAUUUGAAUGCGGUCGCGGCCGGGGUCGAUCCCUACCUGAAUCGUCUUGCUGUAAGUUAUGCUGCGCUCGGGAAUGUUGCAAAUGCCAGCUCUCCAGCCAUUUAUCGAACGAACUCCAGCUACCAGCGCUUCUCGCCCUACUGA